CGUUUAGUUUCCAACUACUUAAUGAGGAUCUUGUCCUGCUUUCUUCCUAAGCACUUUAUGCAAGGAACAGCUCAGUUUCAACCACCAUUAAUUAUCAGUAUCACCAAUAUAGUAAUUUUGAUGAGGGCUUUCUGUGAAAGGUGUGGUUGAUCUUUGCCUUCUUCUGAUCAAUGAUUGUAAUUACAAAGGACCACUACUAUAAGGGUGGUGGUUAAAAAAGAAUAUUUGAUUCAAUUUCAGAGAGCUUUCUGCUUGAUUGGUCUUUCUCUAGCUGAAGGCAAAGUAUGCAGAAAUCUCCUGUUCAUCCAAAAUAUGAGAUGGGGUUUGAUGGCAGCAAUCGAUUUGAUCCUCAGAAUGACUUUUAUGAGUUUUUGGAAGAAGCAAAACACUAUGCAUUAGAAUCAGACUUUCAGACAUCAUCAACUUCCUAUCCAGAAGAAACUGGAGAAAGAAGAUCAGGGCAAGAGAAGAAGAAGAAGAAAUCAUGGAAGAAAUUACUAUUUCCAUGGUUGAAAGGCGAGAAGGUGAACAAAACUAGCACAAAAUCAGCAACCAAAUCUCAAGUAUCUGAUGCAAGACGGACUAAUGUUUCUGGUCCGGUAUUUGGCACCGGCAAGGCUCUGGAUGGCAGGCUCCGGCGCCCCUUAUCCGGGCCUAUUAACAGUCUGUUCAGACCAACAAUAAGAGCAGAUAGUGAGGUACCCUAUAAGUGUCUAGACAAGUCCGGCAGCCCUCAAGUUGUUCAAACAUAUGGCCCUGUGUAUCUAGUGAGAUAGAGUAUCAUGAAGAAGUUGUCAAUAGGGAAUUUUUUCGAUCAGGAGUUGUCAAUAGGGAAUUGAAUCUCAAGUUUUCUGCAUCUUGGUGGAUGUUGACCUGAUAUGUAGCAUUUUGGUGACAAGGAGAAGAAAGUUUGAUAUAGCAUUUUGCUAAAGUGCAAUGAACUUCUGAAUUGUGCAUGCAUGUGCUGCGAUGGGGAAUGCAGUAGGAGAUUUGAGCUAUCUUAGUUGCGUAUUUGAAUUAUCCAAAGCAUGCAAUAGGCUAGAGAGAGAUUGUACCUAAGUGUUUUGUUCUUGUGUUUCAUUGUGUGAUUGCUAGAAAACAGAACUUGAUAUCCUCAGCAAAGUCAGUUUAGAUUUUGAUCGAAUUACUCUGGAAAGUGUUGUUAAUGUUCUAUUUCA